AUGCACGAACUAGUCUCUUUCUCGCAGCUUCCAGCCCUUCGCGAAGCGCAAGUACUCAACAUCCUUGCGGGCGUAACAGGCACCCAACCCGUCGACAUCUGCGAGCAGCGCCUGAUCUUCGCGCAAGUCAAAGUCCCUGAAGUGGCCAUUUCCAAGAAGCAAGCUCAAACGAAGCAACAACCCCAACAAUCCAAACGUCCCUCCUACGAACAACUCGUCCGCUCCCUCCAGCUCUCGCAAAACAAGUCCACCUUCACUACUCCUCAGGAAAGCAAAUCCAUCCCCUGGCACCUACGCACCGAACAAACCCCCUCAGCCUCCACAACCGCCACUCGUCCAGGCCAAACCGCAGCUCCCUAUAUCGUCCGCGAAGUUGCCCUCACCCCAGCAACUCCUCAGAUCCUCCUCCGCCUUACCACUCCCUCGUUAUACGCUUACAAGUACCAAUACAUACUCCUCGGCCACCGCUUCGUGCACGGAAAUAUCGUCAUCCGAGUGUAUCGACUAUACUACGCCUCAUCCGCAAGCGAAGGCAACGCUAGUGGUGAAGAGGCCGUCGAAGCUUCGCCGCCGCAAAGGCAGGAUCUGAAGCCGGUGGACGAGAGUGGGAGUUGGAUUGUGGAUGCCACCGUGAGGGUUGAGGAGGGGGCGGGAGCGGAGGUGUUGGAACGAGGGAAGAGGGAGUUGGAACGGUUUAGGCAGGGGAUGGAGGGGUGUGUGGAUUUGAAGGCGGGCGAUCGGUUGAGUUUGGAUGUUAGGCGGGAGGGAGAUCGCGGCUCGGAUCGGAAGUUGCAGAUUGUGCAGACAGGGAAAGUCCUCUUGGCACAACAAUGCAGCGACCUCGGACUACGUACUCGGGCUCGGCGAACAUGGGCUUCUCCAAGGAUGACCUUCCUUCCAAGCCUUCGAGAAGUGAGCCACGAGACCUUCGAAGACAAGCAGCGUCGCGAAUACGAACACAGCCUCACAAUGGCGGCCGACACGAGCAUGGACGUCGACAUGGACUUUGAGUUGGAUAUGGACAACGAUGAGGAGCUCGCGCGUCUUCAAGCCGGCACGGCAGCAUUGAGCGCGCUGCCAUCCGCCUUACAGCCUGACAACGACACCGACGCGAUGAUGACGGUGGAAGAUGGCGAGCUGCAAGAUGGUGGUCAAGAGAUCCUUCCGCACAAAAUCCACAUCUCAGGCCUCGAGACACUGCAGACACAGGACAUUGAGAACUUCACACAUGACCACUUUCCCUCCGAAUCACACGUCAAGAUCGAAUGGGUCAACGAUUCCUCUGCAAACAUUGUCUACGCUUCUGGAGAUAUCGCCGCGGCUGCACUCAAAGCUUUCGCCCUCACACCCACCGACGACCCUCUCGAACCACGCCGCGCUCAGCAACUGCUCACACAUCCGGAUGUCGACCUCUACGUCCGUCUAGCCGUCGCGACAGAUGUCAAGCCAGUCGGUGCGUCGAAAUACAGCAAAUUCUACCUCAACAAUCCCGAGCUCGAUCCAGAGAGCAGACCGCGCCGAGGAGGACUCCGCGGACGAGGUAGAGGUAAUGGCUAUCGACGUGGUGGAGGCUACCAAGACGACCGCUACGACCGUCCUCGCCGCCGUCGAAGCUCUACGAUUGAACCCACAUUCGACGUCAACCUCUACGACGAUGAUCCCGCCUCUAUCAAAGCCCGUAUCACUCCCACAGCUCCCAGCAGCGACCGCUCCCGUCGACCCCGCAAUGGAGAAGAUCUCUUCGCCAACCGCGCCCCUCGCAAUCACAGCGCCACCUCCCGCCGUUCCUCCUCCGAUCUCCUGCCCAACUCCCGCCCCGACGGCCGUCUCCGCAACCGCUCCGCCUCACCAGUCCGCGACGGCGACGGCCGCUACGGCUUCACCGAAGACCAACCCUACCGCCAAACAGCUCGACAUCGCACUCCGCCUCCCGCACGCCCUCGCUCCACAGCAGAGAAUUACGGCGCACGAGCAGAGUUGCGGGCGGACCUCUUCGCUCACCGCAGAACCGGAUCCGAACUCGCACCAGGAGGACGCGUACGAUCUCCUCCGCCAUCGCGGAAAGCUCCCAUCGAGCUGUUCGCGAACAAGGGCUCUACGGCUCCAGCUGUCAAGGAGUUAUUCCCCGACAAAGCCGGCCAUCGUCGACAAGAAGCGAAAGACAUUCGCGCGGAGGAAGUCGUCAGCGCGAUCGGACGGUUCGAUAUGAGCGACGAGAGGGACUCGUAUGGUCGGAAUGGCGGAUCGCGAAAUAGUGGGCAGAGGAAUGGCGGGGAUUUGAUGGCGAAGAAUCGAGGACGCGUGAACCAGAAUGGACGCCUGACGGAGGAGAAUGGUGGCGAUGAUGGGUUCCAGAUUCGAGGGAGGGGUAGUUCGGGGUUCUCGAUUCUCGGCGCGAGUAAGAGUGCCAUGCCGCCGCCGGAUUUGUUCGAUCGGAGGGCGAGGGAGGGUGUCAGGGGUGGGAGGGGCUGAAGCGAUGGAAUGAUGAACGAAAGCAUCGGUCAAUCAUACUCGGCGAACGGAUGGCUUGAGGUGGAUCAGGAAGCAUGCGUUGGGCGAGCUGUGCUAUACCAGAUUGAGGUGGGACGGGAUCUCGAGCGAGGUGCAUCUGGGUUUCUGGAUUGACGACACAAGCGAGCGAAUAGACGGGUUCUUGUGCUUUGCAUUUCCUCGGCGGACACCACCGCCGCGAGAGCGCUGCGAGGCGCUUCGAUUCGAAGCAAACAUCGGCUGCGACGGCCUCGUAAACGAGCACACCGGCGGGUUGAUGAUUAUCGAAGGGAUUUGAUACUGGAGCUCUCGAGCGAUUGGUGAGAUAUACAGCGUGCGGUGCGAUGCGAUGCGAUGCGAUACCAAUACGAUAUACCAAACGGAUUCGACUCUCCGAAAGACGAUGAUACGCUUCACGAUCAAGUUAUGAUCAGGGAGAGACAUUUCUGAAAAUGCGUCGGUGGAGCAGAGAUGGUCCAUGAGAAUGUCGGAAUGAAA